AUGUUGUACAUGAUCUGCUUCUUCUACAGGAAUAAAUACUCAUCAGAGAAAUAUGACAAUAUAAUCUCAGAAAGUAAUCUGAUCCAGUCCGGAUCUCCCAGACGCUACCAGUUACCAACAAAGAAAGAGUUGAUUGGAACUGUGAGAAGAACAACACUUGGUGAAAGAAAUGUGGACAAGAAAGACAGAACCAUUUUACUUGUUGGUGAAACAGGAGCAGGAAAAUCUACUCUGAUCAACGCUCUGGUCAACUACACCAUGGGAGUGAAGUGGGAGGACGAUGUCUGGUUUCAGAUCGUAGAGGAGGAGAAGAGUCAGGAAUCAGCUGUGAUCGUGUACCAGAUCUUUGGUUUUGAAGGUGAAACUCUGCCCUUCCCUCUGACCAUCAUCGACACUCCUGGGUACUGGAGCACCAUGGGGACCGAGCGAGAUGACAUCGUCAGACAAAGAUUAUUCGACUUGUUCCGCUCAGAGGACGGAGUCCAUGAGAUCAAUGCAGUGGGUCUGGUGCUGAAAGCAACUGAGAAUCGACUGAGUGACCGACUUGAUUCAGUGAUGUCUCUGUUUGGAAAAGAUAUGGAGAAGAACAUUGUUGCCCUCAUCACUCACUCAGAUGGAAGAAAACCUAAAAAUGUUCUGAAAACCCUCGAGGAUGCAAACAUUAAGUGUGCCAAAGAUGAAAAGAAUCAGCCUGUUCACUUCCUGUUUGAUAACUGUCAGAAUGAAGACAGGACAGAGGACACAGAAGACCUUAAACAUGCAUACAGAAUAACGACAGAAAACAUGAGGCAUUUACCCAGUGAUGGAUGA